AGUAGUUGAAGUUUGCCUUAACGGUAGACACACUCAAAAGAGAGAACCGUCUCAGUUGAAUAACGUAGUGAACCAAUUAUUUUUUUACAUUUUCUUUAACUGACGUUCAGAUUAAAUUCAUUAAAGAAAUGUAUAGAAUUUUGGCACUAUUGGCGCUCGUCGGAGCUGCUUUGGCCCAAAACCAAUACAACAAGAAUCCUAAGACAGCUGCGAUCUUGAACGAGCAGCGUUAUCUCAACGGAGAUGGUAAAUUUGGUGCGCAAUACAGUCAAGAGGAUGGUGUGGAAUUCAAAGAAGAGAGUGAUGCCGAUGGCACUCGUCGCGGUUCCUACUCUUACGUAGAUCCUUCCGGUCAGAGGCGCACCAUCUCCUACACCGCAGGAAAGAACGGUUUCCAAGCAACCGGCGAUCAUUUACCUUCUGCACCAGCGGCUGCACUUCCGGUUGCCCCGCAACCGCAGUACACUCCACUUCCGCAAUACAACUCACCAGAAUUGCACCAACAGCAAGAGCAAUACCAAGAACCACAGCAGCAAUACCAACCCCAACAACAAUACCAGCCACAGCCUCAACAGCAGCAACAAUACCAACCACAGCCACAAUACCAACCUCAACCACAGCAGCAGCAGUACCAACCGCAACCACAAUACCAACCGCAACCACAGCAGCAGCAGUACCAACCUCAACCUCAGCCUCAACAACAAUACAAUCCCACUACUCAAGCCCCACACAGGUUCUACCCACCCGGUAAACUCUCCCUGAACAGGUCACCAGACGGCUUUAGCUACAGCUUCCAGCAAAAUUAACUAAUCCCUAGUAUAUAAACAGAACUAUUAUUAAAUUAACCCAAUUGUGUAUAAUUCUUUUCCUA